AUGCCUGGAGGCAACGGUCUGCUCGUCGGCGUUGGUGGGUCUGGAAGGCAGAGCUGUACAAGGCUGGCCGUCCACAUGGCAGACUACACGCUGUUUCAGAUCGAGAUUAGCAAGAACUACGGCCACACGGAGUGGAGGGAAGACUUGAAGACGGUCCUCAAGGGGGCUGGGACCGGAAACACCCCGAUGGCCUUCUUGUUUUCUGACACUCAGAUUAUCAACGAGUCGUUCGUGGAAGACAUCAACAACAUGCUCAACUCGGGGGAGGUGCCAAACAUCUUCCCCAACGACGAGAGGGUGGCCAUCUGCGAGGCGGUAAGACCUUUCGCGAAGAAAAUUUAUGGGAAAGCGGCGAUGGAGAUGUCUCAGCCCCAGCUGUACGCCUACUUCCUGACCCGCGUUAGGGCCAAUCUCCACAUUGUGCUCGCCUUCUCGCCCAUCGGCCAAGCCUUCCGAGAUCGGCUGAGAAAGUUCCCUUCGCUCAUCAACUGCUGCGCUAUAGAUUGGUUCACGGCGUGGCCCGGAGAUGCCCUCGUCGCGGUGGCGGAGAUGUUCUUGGCCAGCGUCGAGUUCGACUCGGAUGAUACCCGCCGCUCUAUCGUGGAGAGCUGCCAGCGAUUUCACGAAGACACCCGGGUCCUGUCCGCGGAGUUCUUGUCGAAGCUCAAGCGUCAGAACUACGUCACGCCGACAAGCUACCUAGAGCUCAUCACGGCGUUCAAGACGUCCCUGGCAGCGAAGAGAGACGAGAUCUCGGCAGCAAAAAAGCGGUACGAGGUCGGGCUCGAAAAACUCGCCUUCGCAACGGAAAGCGUCAACGCCAUGCAGGAAGAGCUGGAGGCUCUUAAGCCCGUCCUGGCGCAGUCCCAGAUGGACACCGAGGUGCUCAUGGAUGAGAUCAAGGACAAGCUCCCCGGCGUGGAGCUUAAGCGGACGGAGGUCCAGGCCGACGCCGCCGUAGCCGAGGCGGAGGCAGCAGAGUGCCUGAAGGGAAAGCAGUCCGUCGAGGCUGAUCUGUCCGUCGCAAUGCCUGCCCUGGACGCUGCUAUCAAGGCCCUGGACACAAUCAAGCAGUCCGAGACCAACGAGGUGAAAGCCCUCGCCAAGCCGCCCAUGGGCGUAAAGGUGGUCUGCGAGGCCGUCUGCGUCAUGCUCGGCAUCAAGCCGGUUAGGAUACCGGACCCGGAGGACCCCUCUAAACGGAUCAUGGACUUCUGGGGCCCCAGCCAGAAGAUGCUCGGCGAGGCCGACUUCAUCGCGCAGCUCAAAGGGUACGACAAGGACAACAUUCCCGCCAAGACCAUGGCCGAGAUCCGGAAGAAAUACGUGACGGACCCUCGUUUCACUCCUGAGGCGGCCGAAAAGGCCUCGAAGGCUGCGGCAGGGUUGUGCAAAUGGGUGUACGCCAUGGAGACCUACGAUAGGGUCGCGAAGGUGGUAGGACCCAAAAAGGAAGCCCUCAAGCUGGCGGAAGAGGAACUGGAGGUUACCAUGGCGCAACUCAGGGCUAAGCAGGCGGAGCUUCAAGCGGUGGAGGACGGCCUCGCCGCGCUUCAAGGGCAGUACGAUGACGCUUUGAAGAAGAAGGCGGACUUGGAAAACUCGGUGGACAACACCAACAAGAAGCUCGAACGCGCGACGACGCUGAUUGAGGGCCUGGGCGGCGAGAAGGCGCGGUGGCUGGAGUCCGCAGACCGCCUCGGGGUGAAGUACGUCAAUCUCACUGGAGACGUGUUGGUGUCGGCCGGUGUGAUGGCCUACCUAGGUCCCUUCACGGCCACCUUCAGGAAUGGGCAGCUGGGGGAUUGGGUGUCGCUGUGCAAGGACAAGAACAUACCGUGUUCCGCAAGCCCUACCCUGUCGGGCACGCUUGGGGACCCGGUAUUAGUCCGCCAGUGGAACAUCGACGGGCUCCCAACAGAUGGUUUUAGCGUGGACAACGGCAUCAUCGUCUUCAACGCCAGGAGAUGGCCGUUAAUGAUCGACCCUCAAGGGCAGGCCAACAAGUGGAUUCAAAACCUGGAACGGGAGAACAAGCUGACCGUGAUCAAGCUCACCGACGGGGACUACCUGCGGACUCUGGAGAAUGCCGUUCAGUUCGGGCAGCCGGUGCUUCUGGAAAACGUGGGCGAAGAGCUGGACCCUUCGCUGGAGCCGCUGCUGCUCAAGCAGAUCUUCAAGCAGGGCGGGUGCGAUUGCAUCCGGCUGGGAGAUUCAACCGUGGAGUACAGCGAGACGUUCCGAUUCUACAUCACGACCAAGCUGAGGAACCCGCACUACCUGCCUGAGAUCAGCGUUAAGGUCACCCUGCUCAACUUCAUGAUUACCCCAGAAGGACUGCAGGAUCAGUUGCUCGGCAUUGUGGUCGAGAACGAGCGGCCAGAUCUGGAAGAGCAGAAGAACAAGCUUAUCCUGGCGGGAGCGGAGAACAAGCGCACCCUUAAAGAAAUCGAGGACAAGAUCCUUCAUAUCCUGUCGUCUUCGGAGGGAAACAUCUUGGAAGACCAGACGGCCAUCGAGACGCUAUCCCAGUCAAAGGUACUUUCCGAUGACAUCAAGGUGAAGCAAGUGGUCGCCGACAACACGGAGAAGGAUAUCGAUGAGGUUCGCCGGGGGUACACGCCGAUCGCCUACUCCAGUCAGAUCCUGUUUUUCUGCAUCUCCGACCUGGCCAACAUCGAGCCGGUGUACCAGUACAGCUUGACCUGGUUCAUCAACCUCUUCGUGUCGAGCAUACACAGGAGUGAAAAGAGCAGGGACAUCCCCACACGUCUCGAGAAGUUGGACACGCACUUCACGUUCGCUUUGUACCAGAACGUGUGCCGGAGCCUUUUGGAGAAGGACAAGCUGCUGUUUGCAUUCCUCCUGUGCACGAGAAUAAUGGGCGGCAAGGGGGAGGUCGACCAGGCGGAGUGGCUGUUCUUCCUGACCGGGGGUACUGGGCUCGACAACCCGCACGAAAACCCCUGUCCUGAGUGGUUGGAGAGCAAGAAUUGGGACGCCUUGUGUCGCCUUGCCGAGCUACCCGCGUUUGACGGCCUGCGGGACGAGUUCGAGUCUCAGCAGGACGGGUGGAAAGCAGUGUACGACGCAACAGAUCCCGAACAGGAGCCGUUGCCUGGGCGGUGGGCGGCCGAGCUCACUGGAAUCCGAGCGCUUUGCACCUUGAGGUGCAUCCGUGCCGACAAGGUUGCAACGGGAGUGCAGAGCUUCGUGGUGUCAAAGAUGGGAGAACGAUUCGUCAAGCCCCCGGUUUUCGACCUGAACGCGUGCUUCGACGACUCUUCUUGCGCUACCCCGCUAGUCUUCAUCCUUAGCCCGGGUUCCGACCCAAUGGGGGCCGUCCUCAAGGCCGCGGACGGGAUGGGGGUGAAGGUGUCCUACAUCUCGCUGGGCCAGGGGCAGGGACCAGUUGCCGAAAGGAUGAUCGAGAAAGCCCAGGUAGAGGGGUCUUGGGUGGUGCUCCAGAACUGCCACCUCUGUCCCUCGUGGAUGACGGCUCUGGAAAAGACGGCGGAAAGUCUGCACCCGGAUGUGACGAACGCGGCAUUCCGGCUGUGGUGCACGACAUACCCGUCGGACGUGUUCCCGGUGUCGGUGCUGCAAAACGGCGUCAAGAUGACCAUCGAGGCGCCGAAAGGGCUACGGGCCAACCUCAAGGCAUCCUACAGCUCCGACCCCAUCUCGGAUGACUCCUUCUUCGAGUCGUGCACCAAAGGGCCCGAGUUUCGCAAGCUAUUGUUCGGCCUGUGCUUCUUCCACGCGCUGGUUCAAGAGCGGAGGAUGUACGGGCCGAUCGGGUGGAACAUCCCGUACGAGUUCAACGAGUCGGAUCUCAGGAUUUCGGUGCAGCAGCUUGCCAUGUUCCUCAACGAGAACGCAAGAGUCCCGUUCAAGGCCCUGAACUACACUGCUGGGGAGUGCAACUACGGUGGAAGGGUCACCGACGACAAGGACAGGCGGACGCUGCAUAGCGUCCUUCACCGCAUGUACCACAGCAACUUGCUUGAGGAUGGAGCGCUGUUGUCGGCAAGCGGAGACUACGUGAUGCCCCCUGACGGCCCGCGCAAGGCCUACCUGGAGUACAUCGAGAGUCUACCGCUAACGGCCGCGCCGGAAGUGUUUGGCCUCCACGACAAUGCCUCCAUUACGAGGGCGCAGAGCGACACGGCGCAGCUCCUCAAGUCCGUGCUGCUCACGGAGUCGAGCGGCGGAGGUUCCGGCGGUGCGGACAAGGAAAUCACCAUCAGCAACGUUGCCGCUGAUAUUCUGUCGAAGGUCCCUGUCGAGUUCGACAUGGAGGCUGCGCAGAUCCGCUACCCGGUGCGAUGGGACGAGAGCAUGAACACCGUCCUUUGCCAGGAGCUGCAGCGAUUUAACAACCUCACUGGCGCCAUCAAGUCGUCGCUCGUCAGCAUCCAGAGGGCGGUCAAGGGGCUUGUCGUCAUGAGCGCUGAUCUAGAGGUGCUGGGGAACGAGCUGUUUUUCGGGACGAUCCCGACGAUGUGGAAACCCACGAGCUAUCCGUCGCGAAAAUCCCUCGCCGGAUAUGUGACGGAUCUGUUGCAACGCCUCGCGUUCUUCGGGAAGUGGCUGAGGACCAAGCCACCACCGGUGUUCUGGGUGUCGAGCUUUUUUUUCACGCAAGCGUUCCUCACCGGGGCGAGCCAGAACUUCGCCCGCCGGUAUACGAUCCCCAUCGACCAUGUGGGCUUCUCCCAAGAAUCAAUGCCCAAGGACUCGUAUGAGGAGGGCCCAGAAGACGGUGUAUAUGUGGACGGACUAUUCCUGGAGGGUGCGAAAUGGGACAAGAAAGAAAUGCGCCUCGCCGAGUCUUCACCAAAGGUGCUGUUUUCGAGCGCCCCGAUCAUAUGGUUCAAGCCGCAGCGAAAGUCAGACAUCGUGGAAACCCCUUCGUACGCGUGCCCGGUGUACAAGACAUCCGACCGCCGGGGGAUCCUGAGCACGACGGGCCAUUCGACGAACUUCAUCUGCUUCAUCGUGCUCGCUACUCACCUCGAGGAGUCACACUGGGUUCAGCGGGGUGUCGCCAUGCUCACCACGUUGGAUGAUUGA